CUACAGCAGGAGGGGCUGAGGGGGGGGGAUCUGGAAUCUGGACAGAGAGGAGAAGGGGCUGGUGCUGCGCCUGCAGCUAUCAUUACUAUUACAGACUGACAGGACAGCUUUGGAAUCGGUUGGGAACACUGACACUCGCAACAAAGGGGAGAACUUUAGCUGCACUGUACAUAUUUGUCCGGUUUUCAGUAGUCGGAAAACGGGACAGUACCCUGGAAAACCUGACUGUCCUGUUCAAAACCGGACAGAUGGCAACCCUAAUGCUGUUGUAUAUUUACAGAAUGUUUUAGGUUGCUAGGGAACAUGGCGCCGACUGAUGACGUUUCAAUGUGUCAUGUGUGUCCUGAGGUAGCCGGGUGCAGCUGAUUCUCAUUUCCUGGUUAGUAGAUCUUCGGAUUGUAGAGGAACGAAGACUUCAGUAUGUCUCACCAGACCGGCAUCCAGGCUAGUGAAGAUGUGUUGGAAAUGUUUGCCAGAGCCAGGAAUGGAAAGUACAGGCUGCUCAAACUGGACAUUGAAGACGAGCAACUGACUGUGAGUGCAUGUGAAAAGCCAACAAGAUCCUGGGAACAAGAAUAUGACAACUUUAUUCUUCCAUUGCUGGAAGACAAACAGCCAUGUUAUAUUUUGUACAGACUUGAUUCCCAAAAUGCGCAAGGCUUCGAGUGGAUAUUCAUUGCUUGGUCACCAGACUACUCCCAUGUUCGUCAAAAGAUGCUUUAUGCUGCAACAAGAGCCACUGUGAAGAAGGAAUUUGGUGGAGGACAUAUAAAAGAAGAACUUUUUGCCACAGUUAUGGAUGACAUUUCAUUGAAAGGAUACUACAAAUACUUGGCUUGUCAGUCAUCUCCUGCACCACUCACCACAGCAGAAGAGGAGUUACGACAGAUAAAGAUCAAAGAGACUCCGACAGAUAUUAGCGUAGAUACUAAACAUCAGACACUCCAAGGAAUAGCUUUUCCAAUAGAAAAAGCAGCAUUCCAGGCACUGGAGCAGUUAAGAGAACAGAGACUAAACUAUGUACAGUUGAAAAUAGAUAUUAAGAAUGAAACUAUUAUUUUGGCUGACACUACCAGUACAGAAUUAAGAGACUUGCCAAAGAGGAUUCCAAAAGAUGCAGCCCGUUAUCAUUUCUUUCUUUAUAAGCAUUCUCAUGAAGGAGACUAUUUGGAUUCUUUUGUGUUUAUUUACUCAAUGCCUGGAUAUACAUGCAGUAUACGAGAGCGAAUGCUAUACUCAAGCUGCAAGAGCCCUCUGCUAGAUGCUAUAGAAAAUCGACUUCUUAUGGAGAUUGCAAGAAAGAUUGAAAUAGACAAUGGAGAUGAACUGACUCCAGAGUUCCUAUAUGAUGAAGUACACCCAAAGCAACAUGCACACAAGCAAAAUUUUGCUAAGCCAAAGGGCCCUGCAGGAAAGAGAGGCACCAGGAGACUGAUCAGAGGACCAGCAGAAGCUGAAACUGCUAAUGACUAGGAUAUGAAGAAGUGGCAUGUUAUACUGGCCAGAAAUACGUGAUCUCAAUCUUUCCAUGCCUGUGUUCUUGAAUACAAAAGAAAAACCACCAAGUUCCCCUUGGUACACCAUUCCUUCUUGCAAUGUAUUCAUCCAUUUACAUGAAUCUCACUUAUAUAGUGUAAGCAGGUAAACAGAUCUGUUUAAGAAUAGCAAAGGAACCAGCCAGCUGCACAGAAUGUUCUCAUGAUUUCAUAUACAGUACUAUGCCGACUGUUCAAUCAAAUUCAUUCAUUCUGAUUGGGUGUAAACCAGGAUAUGCAGAUUUCCUUUAGUAUUUACAUCCAUUCUUUCAAGGUGGGCAUAAUUAUUUAAAGGGAUUUUCACCAUAUUAACCUUCUAUUUUGUUACCUCUGCCUGAGGCUGGUUGCACUGUAGUAUUUUAAGUAACUGAAAUCAGAAAGUUAAAAGAAAUUCAUAAAGUUCCCUAUGCAUGUGUAGACAUGCAGAAAAUUGGUUAGGCUUUUGAUUUCAGAGCACAAGUUUGAUUAUAUAUUUCAUUUGCUGCCAGACCUGUCUUAUCUUACUUCACACUUGGUAGUUUGUAGAACAUAUACAAACUGGGAAUCUGUGUCAUUAAUGAAAGAAAACUACACAAAACUGCUACUUUAGGUGCUGACAACAUAAGUGUGUGAUUGGUAUAAUCUAGCCUUUUUUCAUGUAUAUUGAAAGAUAAUCAGUGAUUUUAUAUGUGCUGGACUUUAUAGAUUGAUUGAUAAUGAAUUGUGGUGCUGUGUACCUUAUGAAUUCUUUCAAGCCUUAGGAUUUUUAUCAAUAAUACUGAUUUUUUAGAUAUAACUUUUAUACCUUUGCAAUAAUCUUGUUCAAAUGGAUCUCCCCAUCACAACAGAUAAAACCCAAUUUAUGUAUGGUUGCCUGGAGCAGCCACUACAAAAACGACUUACCUAUCUCCAGAAAGGCUGAAUGACAGAGUUUAAAACUAGGAGGUAGCGGAGUGACACUUCUCCUUUUCUCUCAAUUCCCUAAUUCUUAUCAGGAUAUAUACAAAGACAAUGUAAUUCUUGUUUAAAUAUCCCACUGUUGUUGACCACCUCCUUUCCAGCUGCCCAAGUGGGACCUGGGCUUUCUGGAUUAGAGGUGUUCCUGUAAUGCACUCUAGUACAAUCUCACCAAAGUUAAUUCAUCUUCACUUCUAUUAACUCAUUUUAGGCCAGGGGUGAGCAAUAUCCCUUAAGUACAAAUGAGCUUCAGCAAUAGGUCUUUCUUCCGUUAUGAUUAUUUGUAUAUUUCCCUGGUAGGACUUUUCUUAGUAUACAUUUGCUCUCCAUUUAAAUUCACUCACAUUUUGUUUUUGGUUAAAACUUGUCGGGAAAUCAUAAGUGGCAAUAAUGUGAUUUGCAAUAGUUCAUGUCAGAAAAUAAGUUGGCUACCAUUUUCUUAUCCUAAGACAUAACACUAAUUAAAUAAACAAGGCAUGUUUAUGAAACUACAGGACACCUUUAGAAUAAACUGUAGAGUAAAAGUCUAGUUAUAUGAGUGUAGGGAGAAAUGGCUAUGGUUCCAUUUACUAAAUGAAUCUCCUUUCUUCAAGCAAUAGAUGAAAGUGUAGAAUACAUAAUUCAUUGUGCUUUAACCAGAUAAUUUGAUUGCAUGCAUUAUGCCAUUUACAAGUCAACUUCAAUAAUAUAUAAUCAUUUCAAUAUUUAAGUUAGAAGAAAGCGCUCCAUUAUGGGAUAUAAACUCUGAAUAUCACAAAAGUUAAAUGAAUUAAGCUUUUCUACCUGUAACACAUUUCUGCUUUUUCCUGUAUUCAGUGAAAAGCUCAAAUAUGUGCAAGAUCUGACAUUGGCUGUUUAAGUCUGAAACUGUGAUGCCUACCUGAUGUAAAUUCUGUGACUCUGUGAUUUAUGUCUGCCUUGUUUGCAUUAAGCAUUGAAUGCUGCGGACACAUUGAUGUGUUCAUCAAGGUAUUGUAGAAAUAACUUGUAAAUCAUACAUUCUGAGACAUACGAGUGCAUUGCAACAUAAUGGAAUUCCCUUGCUCCUUAUUUAUAAUCCAAAACCAUAUAUAUAGAAUAUAUAUAUAUAUAGAAUAUAUAUAUAUAUAUCUUGCAUUGUGUGCCUGCACUCUAAUCCUAUAUUAUCAGUGAGUGCGUCAUCAAAUGUGUAAAUAUCUGUAUAAAUGAAUACGCAGUGAAUGAAAUAAAUCAACACUAUUUGAUGUGAAUUUCAA